AUGUUAACUUGUGCCACUCUACUAAUCCUACACGAGCUGGAAUUAUUAACAAAUUCAACUCUACCAAACCGAGACUAUUUUCGAAACCAUUUUGAAAAAGAUUAUGUUCUAAUUGGACAACAAUGCGGCCAUAUUGAAAACUGCCAUGUAUGGCUAUUCAGACUGAUUAAUCAUACGCUUGACGAAACAUUUUUACUCAAGGGUAUCCUUAACAAAAAUCAGAAAGUAAUCGAAUUAGAAAAAUUGAUUGAAGAACGACUAAUUUUCGCUCAUAUUAAUUCCGUACCAACUGAAAUCAAUGAAUACAAACGAUCAUUCGCUGAGUAUACUCAAAAGCAAAGUGAAAGUUCACGAUUAGAAUAUUUUGUCGAUGAACUCUUCGAAAACGAAGCUAAAUAUCCACUAUUAAAAUUUUUCAAUCUUACCAAUAUUUAUGCAGCGAAUCCCAUUGAAAAAUUUCGUACUAAACUACAAGCUAUGCUGUACAGUGAAAAAAUCUAUCCAAUAACAACAUUUUUAAUGAACCGUUUAGAAACCUAUGAAAAUAUUCAAUAUCUGUAUCCUAUCGUCACAUUUACGAAUUAUCUUAUUCAUAAAUUUAAUCAUCGUCUUAAACGAAAUGAUGCUGCUGUAACAACAAUCGAAUAUUAUUUAACUGAUGGGCCUGAUUGUGAGACGACUUUAAAACUUUAUGAAUCAUUUCUCGACGCAUGGUAUGCACUCAAUUUGAAAGAAGUUCGAUUUGAUUGUCAAACAGCUAAAAUUGAACAUGUGCAAGAAAAAGAAGAUUUUGCUAACAAUACAAUGAUUGCUGUAGUUUUAUUGAAUGCAUCCAAAGAUGAAACCAGUAUCCUACUGCCAGUAUGUUUAAAAACAAUAGGUAAAUUACAAAGUGAAGUUAUCAAUUAUUUUCAUAAUACACUUGGUACUGAUCUAUCGGGAAGACGACGACAGGAACACAUCGUGCCAGUACAAUCUAUUCGAAGCGAACAUUUAUUUGAAAUUAAUGCCGCAGAAACCAUGCCUAUGAUUGAUACUGAAAAAUUACAAUAUCGCAAUUAUCAAUUUGAACUUUAUGGCGAAAAUUCAUCGUUAAUUACCGACGUUCGAACACGUGUUAAACAAGAGCCAUUGGAGAUUACUGAACGAAAAAAACGCAUAGAUCUCAUGCCAGGAAUGGAUAAUGGUGACAUUGUUAAUUUUCUUGGUUCACUCGAUUAUGUAUUUACUUAUUUAAGAGAUAUAGAUAUGGAUCUAAAUAUUGAAAUGCCAACAACUCAAACAUUUGUUGAAAAAAACAGUUGA